AUGCCGCCUUUCCUUCACUUUCCUUGUUUUCCUCUCAAAAGGUUCAUUUCACACACCUCAAAAUCCUCCCUACAAAAUGCCCUCUUCAACCCACAACCCAAUCUUCAACCAUUUCUCUCAUUUCUCCAAGAAUGUCCCCAUAACAUUCUGUCGGUCAAAUCCAUACACGCCCAGAUUAUUAUCACAAACGGCAUAUAUGGGGACCAAUUUUUGGUUGCAAAGCUUGUUGCGGCGUACUCGGGUUUGGGUUGUUUGGAAACUGCACGGAAAGUGUUUGAUGAAAUUCCUCAACCAAAAACUGUUCUUUGCAAUGCCAUGGUUAAUGGGUAUCUGCAAAAUGAGCAUUUUAAUGACUGUAUCGAGCUGCUUGAGAUGAUGAGUCGAUGUCAUUUGGAAUUUGAUAGUUAUACUUGUAAUUUUGCUCUUAAGGCAUGCACGUUCUUAUUGGAUUAUGAAAUGGGGAUGGAAGUGAUUAGAUUAGCUGUGUGUAAGGGGUUGGCUAGAGGUCGGUUUUUGGGAAGUUCUAUUUUGAAUUUUUUGGUGAAAACUGGUGAUAUUAUGUGCGCACAAUAUUUUUUUCAUCAAAUGGACGAGAAAGAUGUUGUUUGUUGGAAUGUGAUGAUUGGUGGGUUUAUGCAGGAAGGCUUGUUUCGUGAAGGCUAUAAUCUUUUUUUUGAUAUGCUUUAUAAUAAAAUUGAGCCUAGUGCUGUGACCAUGAUAAGUUUGAUUCAAUCCUGUGGGGAGACGAGGAAUUUAAAGUUUGGAAAAUGUAUGCAUAGCUUUGUUCUUGGAUUUGGAAUGAGUAGUGAUACAAGAGUGCUUACCACGUUGAUUGAUAUGUAUUGUAAAUCAGGUGACGUCGAAAGUGCUCGAUGGAUUUUUGAUAACAUGCCCUCUAGGAAUUUGGUUUCUUGGAAUGUUAUGAUUUCGGGAUACGUUCAAAAUGGUUUGCUUGUUGAAACUUUACGUCUCUUUCAGAAGUUGAUUAUGGAUGAUGUGGGUUUCGAUUCAGGUACCGUUGUUAGCCUCAUCCAGCUUUGUUCUCGCACGGCUGAUUUGGAUGGUGGCAAGAUUCUUCAUGGUUGCAUCUAUCGAAGGGGACUUGAUUUGAAUUUGGUUUUAUCUACUGCAAUUGUUGAUUUAUAUGCUAAAUGUGGAUCCCUGGCCUAUGCAUCUUCUGUUUUUGAAAGAAUAAAAAAUAAAAAUGUGAUUUCAUGGACUGCCAUGCUUGUGGGAUUGGCACAGAAUGGGCAUGCUAGAGAUGCUUUGAAGUUAUUUGAUCAGAUGCAAAAUGAAAGGGUUACUUUCAAUGUUCUCACCUUAGUUAGUUUAGUCUAUUGUUGCACACUCCUACGCUUGUUACGUGAAGGGAGAAGUGUACAUGCUACCUUAACUCGAUUUCAUUUUGCUUCUGAAGUCGUCGUUAUGACAGCCCUCAUUGAUAUGUAUGCAAAAUGCAGCAAAAUAAACUCAGCUGAGAUGGUAUUCAAGUAUGGUCUUACGCCGAAGGAUGUGAUAUUGUAUAACUCUAUGAUUUCGGGCUAUGGAAUGCACGGUCUCGGGCAUAAAGCACUGUGUGUCUACCAUCGGAUGAACCGAGAAGGACUUCAACCAAAUGAGAGCACCUUUGUUUCUCUGCUAUCCGCUUGUAGCCAUUCAGGACUAGUGGAAGAGGGGAUUGCCUUGUUUCAAAAUAUGGUGAAAGAUCAUAACACAACACCCACCGAUAAACUUUACGCUUGUAUUGUUGAUCUUCUAAGUCGAGCAGGUCGCCUUCAGCAAGCUGAGGAAUUAAUCAAUCAAAUGCCUUUCACACCAACCAGUGGCAUACUUGAAACUCUACUGAAUGGAUGUCUUCUGCACAAUGACAUUGAAUUAGGGGUAAAACUUGCUGACAGAUUACUCUCCUUAGAGUCUAGAAAUCCGAGUAUCUACAUUACUUUGUCGAAUAUAUAUGCCAAAGCAAGUCGAUGGGAUUCGGUAAAGCACGUUCGAGGUCUCAUGAUGGAGCAAGAGAUUAAAAAGAUUCCAGGAUGUAGCUCAAUUGAAGUAAAUAUUUAG